AUGGAGCUGGAUCAUUUCACCCAUAUUUACCACUAUAUUACUUUUUUAGUCGGUUAUAUCCCAGUGUUAUUAUAUGUCAGCAUAGGUCCCAUAAUUGGUGUACUCAUUUUAUGGUGUUUAGUUGAUUUUGUUGGGAUAGGAAAACCAAAGAGAAUUCCAGGCUUACCUCAAGUUCCUGGAUUGCCAAUAGUUGGUAACUUGCAUCAGCUCUCUCACAAUCCAUCACUCGUCUACUCCAAAUGGGCGAAAAUUCAUGGAGAUGUUUACCAAACUAGGAUGGGAUCGAGAAAAGUAGUUGUUGCAAAUAGUUAUGACUCAAUAAUGGAGCUUUGGAUGCAGAACUGGCACAACAAUAAUUCAAGACCCACACUUUUCACAUUCCAUAAUGUAGUGUCGAAGACCCAGGGGCUUACCAUUGGCACAACGCCGUAUUGUGAUUCUUAUAAAAGGAAAAGAAAGUUUGUCGCGACCAAUUUAAAUAAGACUGCGGUUGGGAAAUAUAGUGACCUAAUCAGUUUAGAAUCAAUACAUACUUUGGAAAGAAUCGAUAAAUUUUUGAGUGAUAAGGAAAAUGCACCUCACCGAGAUAUUAAUCUACUUAAGUUCGUGCAGGCCUAUCACUUGAAGAUUGCACUAUUCAUCACCUACGGCUAUGCGAUUGACUACAAUACUGAGUAUGGGCUUAGUUUAUUAGACGAGGUCACCUCAGUUGAGAAUAAAAUUACGAGGCUAAGAUCUCAUACUUCUAAUCCCCAAGAUUAUAUUCCAAUCUUGAAAUUCCUUGCCCCCAAGUUGAAUACCCCUAAUGAGUUUAGAAGAAGGAGGGAUAAGUAUAUAAGAUUCUUCGAAGACCAACUCAAGACCCGGUUAGAACACGGUGAAGAUGUCGAGUGCUUUGUUUCUCAAGCUUGGAAAAUUAUGGAUGAGGACCCAAAAAGAUUGUCACCCGAAGAGUUACAGAGUGCUUGUUUAACGUUAGUCUCGGCUGGCUUAGACAACGCUCCUUUGAAUUUCUUUUAUUGUAUCGGAAUGUUAAGCAAUUCAGAAUUUGGAUAUGAGAUCCAGAACACCGCUGUUUUUGAGCUUCUCAAGGAAUAUGGAUCUUUGGAAAACGCUUGGGAGAUGUGUGUUUAUGAAAACCUUAAAGUAGAUUAUAUUUGUGCUCUAAUUAAGGAGACUUUGAGACAUAUGACUGUUUUGCCAUUAAGUCUUCCUAGGGAAACUACCAGUCCUAUCGAGUACAGAGGCUGCACUAUACCCAAGGGAACAAUAUUAUUUAUGAAUGCAGCCGCAGCAAACAAUGACCCUAAGUACUAUCCACAUCCAGAGAAGUUUGAACCGAAGAGGUGGUUGAGUGACGAUUUGACAUUGGAUCCUAAGGCAAAAUUGUGCCAAUUUUCCUUCGGAAUCGGUAGCAGAAUGUGUGCUGGUUCUCAUUUGGCAUACAAGGAAUUAUACGUGUUGUUGGUGAGAACAAUAAUCAAAUAUAAAAUAAGAGAGCCGCAUAACCUCAAUCUAAGAAUGAAAACUAAUCCCUUUGAGUUAAAUGAGUGUCCAGAUUCUAUCGCCAUAGAGCCCGAAAACUUCCUCGUGAAGCUAUUGCCAAGAUAA